GGUUUGGCUGACUGGCGGAAGGGGAAGUGGGGCGGGGGGGCAGGCGGCGGUGGGGAAGAUGGCGUACCAGAGCCUCCGGCUGGAGUACCUGCAGAUCCCACCGGUCAGCCGCGCCUACACCACCGCCUGCGUCCUCACUACCGCUGCUGUGCAGUUGGAAUUGAUCACACCUUUUCAGCUGUACUUCAAUCCUGAAUUAAUCUUUAAACACUUCCAAAUAUGGAGGCUAAUCACCAAUUUCUUAUUUUUUGGACCAGUUGGAUUCAACUUUUUAUUUAACAUGAUAUUUCUAUACCGUUACUGUCGAAUGCUAGAAGAAGGCUCUUUCCGAGGUCGGACAGCAGACUUUGUAUUUAUGUUCCUUUUUGGUGGAUUCUUAAUGACUAUUUUUGGUUUGUUUGUGAGCUUAGUUUUCUUGGGCCAGGCCUUUACAAUAAUGCUUGUCUACGUGUGGAGCCGAAGGAACCCCUAUGUCCGCAUGAACUUCUUCGGCCUUCUCAAUUUCCAGGCCCCCUUUCUACCGUGGGUGCUCAUGGGCUUUUCCUUGUUGCUGGGGAACUCAAUCAUUGUGGACCUCUUAGGUAUUGCAGUCGGACACAUUUAUUUUUUCUUGGAAGAUAUAUUUCCCAAUCAACCUGGUGGAAUAAGAAUUCUGAAAACACCAGCUAUUUUGAAAGCUAUUUUUGAUACACCAGAUGAGGAUCCAAAUUACAAUCCACUACCUGAAGAGCGGCCAGGAGGCUUCGCCUGGGCUUUCAACUGGAUUUCAUUUCAAGAUUGGAAAUAUGCGGCUGAUAAUCUGUGGCUGUAUAUAUACAUCUUACUAAUUCAGAAUGCCAGCUCCAGUAGGAAGAUUUGUUUCUGUUGUCCAGGCAGUUUGUUCUCAUCGGGGUUUUACAAAACUUGAAGUUGUCCAGUGAUCUGGGUAGGGUGGUUCCUAUAGCAGCAGGAAUUCAACUCCAGGAUGGUUCAGCUAUAGGCAGAAAGUUAACCUGGCAUCUUACUUCCUCUGCUUGCGUUUCUCCAUUAAGAAAUCCAGGGAAAGACAGGUAAUGGCCACCUUUUUGUAAAGCAACAGAAAGAUCUUUAGACCUGGGAAUCAAGUUACAAUGUUGACUUUGGAGCCAGAUGAACUGGUACCAGGUAGGCAGGAAUACAUUUCUCCUGGGCCUUUGGCUGGUUAGCAUUUGUCAUUUGCUUCAUGAAAAGCUAAGAAGCUUUUCAGAGCCAAGUACCUGGUUUACCUUCCCAAUCAGGUAGAAAUUAGGUUCCACAAAAAUAGGAACUUAAGGCCUGUGGUUCAAUAAAUACGUGUCCGAAAUACUCACUUCCCGGGGUCUCAGCAGGUUUGCAUCAAAUGCCCAAGGAAUUCAGAGUCCAAAGGACUAAAAUGGCUACCCCGCAGAAAGCAUUUCAAAUAGUUUCUAUAAACAGCAUGCAGGCACAGGACCUUUUCCUAAGUAGCUGCAGGCUGGUUAGUGUGUGGUUUCCUUCAGAGAUGAAGCUUUAGAUUAAAUAUAAAUGGAAAUUUUCAGAUGGUGGAGUGAAUAGUAUCUUACCGUCUUUAAAUGGAAUAUGCGUAAGGAAUGGAAUUUAAAUACUUUACAUGCUGCUCGUCAGUAAUUUUGAAUGUGACUGUUGCAGUUUUAUAGAAUGUGGGUUAACAGGACUGUGUUUUUUGUAAGUGGUUUAAAAAGUCUUUAAAUGCCAAUCUGGGAAUGCAGAAUCCUUAUGGGAUUCUUAAAUUGUCAUGUCUUUGUUCAAGAAAGCUUGAGUGUAAUUAGGAGGGUUUUUAAAGUGCUUAUUUGGGGGCUGGAAAUGGGUUUCUCUACUUUUAUUUGCUCUCCCUUAGUUAACGUUGAGUUACUCAGUUCAUGGAAUUCUUGCGGUAAAAUUUUAAUCCUAAAAUCUGUUCACUGGCUGUUCAUUUAAGUAGGGGAUGUCUGUACAUAAUAAUGACUGGGGAAACAGGAAACCAGUUUUGAAUCGGUGGCCUGCACACAGUCAGAUACGCGGUUUUGAGUUCUCUGGUGGGGUGAGAAUUCCUAGUGGCAGGAUGCCACGCUGUGCCACUCCACUGUGCCCUGGGCAGUGGUCACGUCAAUCACUGACCCCUUAUCAGUUUGGCCAGUCCCACUUCCACCAUCCCUAGCCGUGUUGCCUAAUGGGUUACCUAGGCUUACCUGAACAUAAGGAAAAGUGCUCACCUAUUCUCCGACUUACCUCUGAGUCUCCAUUCUUCCAGAACACCGUUCCUUUUCAUAAUGCAAGUCAACUGAAAAAUGAGACUCAGUGUAUGGACUUUUGUGACCAAUUUACCUGACGUAAUUUAAGGGACUCCUGGGUUCUACCAGUAAUACAGAAAAGCACACCUGACUAAGGCGUAGUUGCGGUGGUGGUGUAGAAAUACAAUAUGCAUUCGUUUUUUUUAAAAUGGAUGUGCAAAUUGCAUCUCCCUAGGAGAUAACAGUUUAAAUACAUUGUAGUGUGUGUGUGUCACUAUGGAUUUCUAUUUGUUUCUCUCUUCCACUUGUUCUUUUUCUAUGUUGCUCUUAUAUGACCUAAUAUCUUUCAUACUUCUUGUGUAGUCUUUCUAAGCAGAGAGCACCCCAGUGUUGGAUUUUGGUAAUGAAACCUUCACUGUGCCUCUGGGUCUCUAGAAAUUAGGAAAUACUGGAGCUAUUGGCAUGUUGCAUAGGGGCUUCCUAGAAUUGUCAUCUAUCCCUGAUAGCCUGCAUUUUAUGUUGCAGCUGUGUUUUCCUUUGACAGGUGAGUACCAUCUGUGUUGUCACAAUAUGCCAUUGUUCCCAGUGUCUUGUAGGAUGUCCCCUAAGCUAUUUGCGUACUAUAUGAUUUUGCAUUAAAGCUGGUGACCUUUUUAUGACCAAGUCACUUCUCUGCUCAGAAAUCCACGGUGACUUCUUAGCCCCCAUACCAAAUGCAUACAUUUUGUCUUCCUCUGAACCUUACUCCCACUUCUAUCUAACAGGGACCUCAGUUUAAGUCUCUUUAGUCCUUCGAGGCCUGGCCCCUUUCCUGGCUCCUCAAGAAAUCAUGACUCUAAGGCCCAUUUCAUUGUCUUUCUUCUUUGAAUCCCUGUAAAGCUUCAAGUCUGUAUGACAUACUCUUACACCAAAUUAUAUAUUGUCUUGUACUGUUUCUAGCUGGUACAUGUAUAUUAGUUUUGCCUCCCUCAUGAGAAUGUAAGCUCCUUAAGGGCAGGGACCAUGUCUUAAUUUUUUGUAUCCACCACAGUGCCUGGCACAGUGCUUGGCACAUGGGUGCUGAAUAAAUACUUUGUUAAAUGAUCAGUAAA